AUGGAUAUAGUUGAUACAUUUAAUCAUUUAAUUCCUACUGAACACUUAGAUGAUGCCCUAUUUCUAGGAUCCAACCUGGAGAAUGAAGUCUGUGAGGAUUUUAGUACAAGUCAAAAUGUCUUAGAGGACUCGCUGAAGAACAUGCUCAGCGAUAAGGAUCCUAUGCUAGGAUCUGCAAGUAACCAGUUCUGUUUGCCUGUUUUGGAUAGCAAUGAUCCCAAUUUCCAGAUGCCUUGUUCAACAGUUGUUGGUCUUGACGAUAUUAUGGACGAAGGUGUUGUUAAAGAAAGUGGCAAUGAUACCAUUGAUGAAGAAGAACUGAUUUUACCUAACAGGAAUUUGAGGGACAAAGUAGAAGAAAAUUCAGUGAGGUCACCAAGAAAAUCACCUCGUUUAAUGGCACAAGAACAAGUAAGAAGUUUGCGACAAAGCACUAUUGCCAAGCGUUCAAAUGCAGCACCUUUAAAUAGCACAAAAAAGGCAUCUGGGAAGACUGUAUCUGCCCCCAAAGCAGGGGUGAAACAUCCAGAAAGGUGUCAGAUUAAAGAAGUUUCUGUAUCACCAAAACCUGAAUACCAUAAAGAGAGCAGAAGGAGCAGCCGACAUAUUGGACAAAUUGACGUGGUACCAGAAGUAUCAGUGUCUUCAAGUCAUUCUUCAGUGUCGUCUUGUCUUGAAAUGAAGGAUGAAGCUGGAUUAGAUUCUAAGCAGAAGUGUGAUAAUCAGGGAGAAGCAAAUGUGCCAUCUCAUGAAUUAAAUUGUUCACUCCUUUCAGAGACUUGUGUUAGUAUUGAAGAGAAGAAGAAUGAAGCUCUGAUGGACUGUAAAGUCAAAACUGUUAGUAGCCCUCUGUUUAAGUUUUCAGAUAAAGAAGAACAGGAUGAUUCUAUUUCAGUUAAGAUGGAUGGCACUGUUGUUGAAGAAGGGAGGGAAAAAGGAAAAGUUGAACAAGAAUCAAAUGAGACAGUAAAAUUAUCUCGUGAAGAUAACCAAAUUAUUGAGGAGCCUGCAUCUUCUGCCUCUCCUUCUGAUGCUGCUGCUUGUACAAAUCCAAAUAAAACAGAAAAGAACCUUACAGGUUUGUCUGGUUCUGUGGAUGAAGUAAAUGAAUGUAAUAUGGAAUUGAAGAAUACCCUGGAAGUUGCUGAUAAAGCGAAGAACUCCUUUCAAAGAAAUGAAAUAGAAUCUUUGGGUUAUUGUAAUGACACAGAGUCUAAUGAUAAGCAGUUGGAGAGUACAGAAUUUAAUAAAUCAAACUUAGAGAUGGUUGAUGCUAAUGCUUUUGAACCAGAAAGUAAUAUUUUAGAAAAUGCUAUUUGUGAUGCACCUGACCAAAAUUCAGAACAGUUGAAUGUUAUUGAAAGUAUUAAAAUGGAGUCUCAUGAAAUAGCAAACCUUCAGGAUGACAGAAGCAGCCAGUCAAGUAGUGUUUCUUGCUUAGAGUCAAAAAACAUAAAAUCCAAACAAACAAAACCUGUAAUUCAUUCUAAGCAAAACAUGACCACAGAUACUCUGAAAAAAAUUGUUGCAGCAAAGCAUGAACUAAUGCAUAACAAAACUAAGGUUAAUGUCAAAAGCGUGAAACGAAAUGUUGAUGAACCAGAAACUCAGCAAAAUUUUCAUAGGCCAGUCAAAGUGAGAAAAAAACAAGUUGAUAAGGAUUCAAAAAUUCAGAGUUGCAAUUCUGGGGUUAAAUCUGUGAAAAAUCAAGCUCAUUCUAUAUUGAAAAAAACAUCACAGGAUCAAAAUUUAGUGCAGGUUUCCAAACCCUUAACUCAUUCUCUGAGUGAUAAACCUCAUGGUCACCCUGGUGGCUCUAAAGAACCCCAUCAUCCUGCACAAACUGGACAUUUAUUACAUUCCAGCCAGAAACAAUGCCAUAAGCCCCAGCAGCUGGCUGCAGGGAUGAAAACCAAUAGCCAUGUGAAGGAAGAGCUUGAACAUGCAGGUGGUGUAGAGCAUUUUAAGGAGGAAGAUAAACUGAAACUAAAAAAACCUGAGAAGAACCUACAACCCCGCCAGAGAAGAAGCAGCAAAAGUUUUUCUUUGGAUGAGCCACCAUUGUUCAUUCCAGACAACAUAGCUACUAUAAAAAAAGAAGGUUCAGACCAUAGCUCUUCAUUUGAAAGCAAAUAUAUGUGGACUCCCAGCAAGCAGUGUGGGUUUUGCAAAAAACCACAUGGCAACAGGUUUAUGGUUGGCUGUGGGAGAUGUGAUGACUGGUUUCAUGGUGAUUGUGUUGGUUUAAGUCUUUGCCAAGCACAACAAAUGGGAGAGGAAGACAAAGAAUACGUGUGUGUGAAAUGUUGUGCUGAAGAAGAUAAAAAGACUGAAAUAGUAGAUGCAGAUAUUUUGGAAAACCAGGCUAAAGUUGAAGUCCAUAGUGAAGAUAGGACAAUGGAAUAUGAAAAGCUUGGGUUAUCAAAGCACACACCAACAAAUGAAAAAACCAAAUAUAUAGAAGAUACAGUGAAGCACAAGGUCAAAAUUUUAAAGCGGGAAUCUGGUGAAGGCAAAAACUCAUCAGACUGUAGAGAUAGUGAAAUAAAAAAAUGGCAGCUAGCUCCUCUUCGAAAGAUGGGACAACCGGUUUUACCUCGGAGAUCCUCAGAAGAAAAAAGUGAAAAAAUACCAAAAGAACCUUCAACUGUUAUUUGUACAGGAGAAAAAGGUUCCAAACAAGGGGCUCAUGAGAAGCAAGAGAUAAGAAAGAAGAAAAUUGAAAAGGGAGUGCCUAAUGUGCAUCCUCCUGCUACUUCUACUUCCAAGCCUUCUGCAGAUCAGAUCAGACAAAGCGUCAAACAUUCUCUUAAAGACAUUCUUAUGAAAAGACUUACAGAGUCCAAUUUGAAGGUGCCAGAGGAAAAAGCAGCAAAAGUUGCCACAAAAAUUGAAAAAGAGCUUUUCUCUUUUUUUCGGGACACAGAUGCUAAAUAUAAGAACAAAUACAGAAGUUUGAUGUUCAAUCUGAAAGAUCCCAAAAACAAUAUAUUAUUUAAAAAAGUAUUGAAAGGAGAAGUAACCCCUGAUCAUCUUAUAAGAAUGAGUCCAGAAGAACUAGCUUCUAAAGAGUUAGCUGCUUGGAGACGGAGAGAAAACAGACAUACCAUAGAGAUGAUUGAGAAAGAGCAGAGAGAAGUGGAAAGACGGCCAAUCACAAAAAUAACUCAUAAAGGUGAAAUAGAAAUUGAGAGUGAUGCCCCAAUGAAGGAACAGGAAGCAGCCAUGGAGAUUCAGGAACCUACAGCUAACAAGUCAUUGGAGAAGACAGAAGGAUCUGAAAAACAGAAAGAAGAGAUUGAUUCUAUGUCUAAAGAUACCACUAGUCAACAUAGACAACAUCUUUUUGAUCUUAACUGUAAAAUUUGCAUAGGUCGAAUGGCACCACCUGUAGAUGAUCUUUCUCCAAAAAAAGUUAAAGUUGUUGUUGGAGUAUCUCGUAAACAUUCAGAUAACGAAGCAGAAAGUAUAGCAGAUGCACUGUCUUCAACCUCAAACAUCUUGGCUUCUGAAUUCUUUGAAGAGGAAAAACAAGAGUCUCCGAAAUCAACAUUCUCUCCUGCCCCACGACCAGAGAUGCCUGGAACUGUUGAAGUUGAGUCUACCUUCCUGGCUCGUUUGAACUUUAUCUGGAAAGGUUUUAUCAACAUGCCUUCUGUAGCAAAAUUUGUUACCAAAGCCUACCCAGUAUCUGGUUCCCCUGAGUAUUUGACAGAGGAUCUACCAGAUAGUAUUCAAGUAGGUGGCAGGAUAUCACCUCAGACAGUUUGGGAUUAUGUUGAAAAAAUUAAAGCAUCAGGAACCAAGGAAAUCUGUGUGGUUCGCUUCACACCUGUAACUGAAGAAGAUCAAAUUUCUUAUACUUUGCUGUUUGCAUACUUCAGUAGCAGAAAGCGCUAUGGAGUAGCUGCUAACAACAUGAAGCAGGUUAAGGAUAUGUACCUUAUUCCUUUGGGUGCCGCAGAUAAAAUUCCACACCCUCUUGUGCCUUUUGAUGGACCUGGGCUUGAACUGCAUAGACCCAAUCUGUUGUUGGGCUUAAUUAUUCGUCAAAAACUGAAGCGGCAACAUAGUGCUAGUGUUAGCACUAGUCAUACAGCCGAGACUUCUGAAAGCGUACCAAUGGCAUUGCCACCUGACAAAAAAAGUAAGAUGGAAGUUGCCACAGAAGAAACACCAGAGGAAGAAAAUGACUUUUUUAAUUCUUUUACAACUGUAUUACACAAGCAGAGAAAUAAGCCUCAGCAAACUCUUCAGGAAGACCUUCCAACAGUAAUUGAACCUUUAGUGGAAGUCACCAAACAAGAGCCACCAAAACCUUUAAGAUUCCUUCCUGGGGUAUUGAUUGGCUGGGAAAAUCAGCCUUCUACUCUGGAAUUAGCAAAUAAACCUCUUCCUGUGGAUGAUAUACUUCAGAGCCUUUUGGGCACUACUGGUCAGGUAUAUGAACAGACUCAAUCGGUGAUAGAACAAAACACUCUUAAAGAAAUUCCUUUUCUAAGUGAGCAUGCUGACUCCAAAGCAGAGAAAGUAGAUAAAGUGGAAGUAACUGAUGGUGAAACCAAGGAGGUAAAGGUUAAAGUAGAUGAUCUUUCAGAGUCUACAGGUAAUUCAGUAGUAGGAGAAGAAACAUCAGUAAUGGGUUCUUCUUCCAUUUCUCCUGGACCUUUGACGAGUCUUAGCCUCAGAGGUAAACCACCAGAUGUUUCUACAGAAGCAUUCUUAACAAAUUUAUCAAUUCAGUCGAAACAGGAAGAAACUGUGGAGAAUAAAGAGAGAACGUUAAAAAGGCAGCUGCUACAAGAUCAAGAGAAUAAUUUGCAAGAUAAUCGGACUUCAAAUACUAGUUCUCCAUGCAGGUCUAAUGUAGGAAAAGGAAACAUAGAUAGUAAUGUCAGUUGCAGUGAAAACCUUGUUGCUAAUACAACAAGGUCCCCACAGUUUAUCAACUUGAAACGGGAUCCUAGACAAGCAGCAGGACGAAGUCAGCAGAUAACUGCUUCAGAAAACAAAGAUGGAGAUAAUUGCCGGAAUGGAGAAAAACACACCCUGCCUGGUCUGUCACACAAGGAGCACUUAACAGAACAAAUGAAUGUAGAGGAAAAGUUGUCUUCUGUAGAGAAGAGCUCAUGUGUUCAGCAGGGUGAUAAUUCAGGGGUUGCACAAAACUCACCGUCAGUAGAAAACAUACACACUUCUCAAGCAGAACAAACAAAACCCUUACAGGAGGAUAUUUUACUGCAAAAUAUCGAAACUGUGCACCCAUUUCGAAGAGGAUCCACAGCGACAACGUCUCAUUUUGAAGGUGGAAACACAUGUCAAUCAGAAUUUCCUUCUAAAAGCAUCAACUUUACUUCCAGAAGCACCAGCCCCAGAACAAGUGCAAACUUUUCACCCAUGAGGCCACAGCAGCCCAACCUUCAGCAUCUCAAGUCUAGCCCCCCUGGAUUUCCAUUUCCAGGACCUCCUAAUUUUCCCCCACAAAGCAUGUUUGGAUUUCCACCACAUUUACCACCUCCUUUACUUCCCCCUCCAGGCUUUGGCUUUGCUCAAAAUCCCAUGGUUCCCUGGCCACCUGUUGUUCACCUGACAGGCCAACCACAACGUAUGAUGGGUCCCCUUUCACAAACAUCAAGGUAUAUAGGCCCACAAAAUUUUUACCAGGUUAAAGACAUUCGAAGACCAGAAAGGCGCCAUAGUGACCCUUGGGGUAGGCAAGACCAACAGCAACUGGAUAGGCCAUUUAAUAGGGGUAAAGGGGAUCGACAGAGAUUUUAUAGUGAUUCACACCAUUUGAAAAGAGAGCGACAUGAAAAGGAAUGGGAGCAAGAGUCUGAAAGGCAUAGACGCAGAGACAGAACCCAAGACAAGGACAGAGACAGAAAAAGGGAGGAAGGGCACAAAGAUAAAGAGAGGGCGCGGUUGUCACAUGGUGAUCGAGGAGCAGAUGGAAAAGCAAGCCGGGAUAGUAGGAAUGUAGACAAGAAACCAGAUAAACCUAAAAGUGAAGACCAUGAAAAGGACAAAGAACGAGAGAAAAGUAAACAUAGAGAAGGAGAAAAGGACAGAGAUAGGUACCACAAAGAUAGGGACCACACUGACAGAGCUAAAAGCAAAAGGUAA